UGUCACGCUGACAUCUCGAGAGGAGAGCAGAGCCAGUAAUCGGCAUCCCUCAGAAGGGACAUGUACACUGAUCAUCGGGGCACUGAUGAUCAGUGUGCCCUGCUGUCAGUGUCCAUCAGUGCCAGCUGUCAGUGCUCAUCCAUGCCACCUGCCAGUGCCCAUCAGUGCCUACCAGUGCACAUCAAUGCCACAUAGUGCCCAUCUGAGCUGCCUUUCAGUGUCACCCAUCAGUGCCACCUAUCAAUGCCAGUCAGAGCCACCUAUCAGUGCUGCCAAACAGUGCCGCCUAUCAGUGCCAGUCAGUGCCGCCUAACAGUGCCAGUCAGUGCCGCCUAUCGGUGCCAGUCAGUG